AUGCUGAUACAAAAAGCAUCGUUUCAAUUCUCGGCCGCCUCAGUCUCAUUCUUCACCUUGCCUUCACCACGCUCGUUGUUACAUCGGUGCUGUGACGUCGCGAUAGCAGACUCUACGCUUCUUCGGCGCUAUUUCAAGGGAGUGGUGGGGUUUCAUCACCUGAUCAAGAACCUCCUCGACACCGCUUAUUCUGCUAGGACCCGUUCUUGGUACACACAAUCGCUCCGUGUCGUCCAGGCUCCCAACGCUCGCUAUCCUUUCGAGGUCAACAUGCACGACGAUGCGGUGCUCAAACUCUUGAAGAAACACAAAGGAAUAGAGGGUCCUCGCGCGGAUCUGAAUGCCCAGCAGAAUAAGCGACUCGUCGAGCCAAUGAAGGUGUUGUUUGACAGGCAUAACCCAAAGGAUGUGUCUAUCAAGUCUACGGAUGGCCAGACUAUCAUCUCCGGUUUGGCGCGGCCGCAUAGCGCGCGCGCUCUGCUUGCGUUCAUCGCGAACUCGGCGGAUGCAAGCCCAUAUUCAUACAUCGGUUUGAGCUGCAAGCGUACCUGCUAUGCGUUCUUCAGGGCGUAUAACCGACCCGGCCCCAAUCGCCUUUCUACAUUCAAGGGAUUGAAGUGGAAUUUUACAUCCUUUUCGUUUUUCCGACAACGAGUUCAGUGA